AUGGCAACCAUGAAUUGCAUUCUUGAAAUUGCAUUUUUGGACAGAGAGGAAGUGAUUGGUUUAAUGCUUGAAGAGGACCUGAUCAAGAAGCUUAUGGGUAGGCAGCUACUGUUGUUGCAGAGGUCCUGUAGGGUUCUUCAUCCAAAGAAGAAAUUUGGGGGGAGCGCUGGGCGUUGGGUUCUGCUACAGUCCGUCGAUUGCGUCUGCGGCGGUGUGGUUUUGAUUCAAGCCAUAAGGAAAUCCAUCGGACUCGCGUGUUCAAAAUAA